GUACUAAAUGAGUGUUCAUUGUGCUGCGAUAUCCUUGCUUUCCCUCUCACUCAAAGUUUCCCUUUGCUCCAUCAAUGAAGCCACCAAUAAGCGUAAGUUUCAGAUACGGGUCAACUCGGGUGUGCCAAACAAAUUCAGCGCUGAGUUUCUCUCCCAUGACUCACCGGAACCCACCAACAAACCAUGCUUUUGUGGAAGAAGACAUUUAAUCGAAGCUGCAACAUUGGGAGUUACCUUGUUUCCUUUUCAACCUUCCGCAGCCACCGGCCCAUAUUCUGAUUACACGGCUGUACUUAAAAAGUUUCACCCACCAAGACCUGAUUGGUACGAGGAGUUCUAUGCUGGGGUUAUGAAUUCGGCUACCGAGUCUUAUGAAGCUGAGGUUGCAACGUACAAGUCUCAAAUCUUCAGUAACUUGAAGGGGAAGGGUCAAAGAAUCUUGGAGAUUGGCAUUGGAACUGGUCCCAACCUCAAUUAUUAUGCUAGUGGCUCUGAUGUAGAGGUCGUUGGCAUUGAUCCAAACCCACAGAUGGAAAAGUAUGCUCGAUCCUCUGCUUCGUCAGCUGGACUGUCUCCUUCAAAUUUUGAGUUCAUACAAGCUGUCGGUGAGGCCAUACCAUUAAGUGAUGCUUCUGUUGAUGCAGUUGUUGGAACACUGGUAUUGUGUUCUGUUAAAGAUGUUGAUAUGACACUGAAAGAAGUAACGAGGGUGCUGCGACCUGGUGGACUUUACGUGUUUGUAGAACAUGUGGCUGCAAAAGAUGGAACUUUUCUUAAAUAUAUACAGAGAGUUCUUGAUCCUCUGCAACAGACACUUGCAGAUGGGUGUCACCUUUGUAGGGAAACCGGAAAUAAUAUAUCCAGGGCCGGAUUUUCAGAUGUUGAGCUUAACAUGACAUUCUUGUCUAGUGCUACAUUUAUAAACCCCCAUGUAUAUGGAGUAGCUUACAAGUAGUAUCAAUCAAAGCGUGUCUUUGAUCCUCUUAGCCUACCAUCUUCAUAGCUUGGAAAAUAUAUUAGCCAUAUUCAGGUUCUUCACUAGAGUUGCAGGUUUCAAUACAAAAAUAUUGUGACUGACUGUAAAACUUUGCAGUGUAGAAUCUAUCUACACACAUGUGUGUCCUUACCAAAUCAGUGUCUGUUCAACAUGCAUUGAUCAUGUGUAUUGCAAAAAUGGUUGAGUUGGAGGCUAUGUAUGUUUUGAUCAUCAUGUAAA